GCUUCAUAUGAGUUUCCUCCUAUUUUAACCAUUACUUAAUAAGAAUAAUUUAUGUUUUGAGGACGUGGACAAGCACUGUGGAAGUUUAAGUCAUAAUUCGAAGUGAGCUUCCAUCCGGUGAUCUCUAGAAGUUCUACAGUUUUUGUGAGCAGGAUGUUCCAGUUGAAAUAUGUAUGUCGUGUUUGUCUGGCUGAAGGUACGUGGGACAUUUUCAGUAAAGCCGUUGUCCAAGAUGAAAUGUGUACAGUCGCAUCGAUCAACCGCAUACAAGAAAAGUUGCAAUACGUGACACAACUAGAGGUGCACGAAACUGAUGGUUUACCAUUGCAUAUAUGCGAGCUGUGCAUAGUACAGCUGAACGUGGCCUAUCGUUUUAAACUGCUCGCCGUCGAAUCGGACAGUAAGCUGCGGCAAAGCUAUGAAAUAAGUGAACCCUCGCCCGAGGUUCCAAAUACGCUGACCAACGGUGAAAACGACGACGUCGCCAACGACGAAACAGCACCGGAAACAAUGAUGAUGAAAGACGAAAUUAGCAUAGAACCAACACAAAUCACUGAGCAAAAUGUCGAUUCAUGGACAGCUGUAGAAGAUGAAAAUGCGUCGAUCAUUCUACCUCAGGCGUUACACAAUAAUGGGAUGGUUUGCGUACAAAAAGACAUUAUCAAUCCCGCAGAAGACGAAGCUUACCUGCAAGACAUCGUAAAAAAGGAGGUGAUAUCCUUACAGUGGACAAAAACUAACGAAGAAAUGUUCGAUACACAACAUUCCACCACAUUGACAACCAUUCCAUCGGUACAAUCCAAGGGUCAGCGGAAACAACCGAAAUCCCCACGGAAACGUAAAAGGAUUAGUAAUGUAAAACAACACGGUUCCGGGAAAGGUUCGCGAAAGGACCACACGAGAAGGCAACCAAAAGUGUCCAAAAAGAAAGAAAACAAAUUAACAACACCGAAUAAUGACACUCCAAAACGCAACAGUACUGGUUCAACGAAAAAGACGACGACGAUGAAACCCGCCGAUGCGGAACAGGCGUUGCGCAAAAGGCGGCUCCAAAAAGUAUUAAAUAGUUUACGCAUCGAUAUGAUGUACAACAAUACGGUGGAAUGGCACAAGAUAAAUAAUAUACCGAAUGCCGAAAUCUUAGGAGAUCCGCUAUUGCCAAAGAUGCCCAUGAAGCGACGCAAUUCCGUGUGUGUUUCAUCCUUUACACCGUGGCUGUAGGUUGUUUGUGGUUUGCAGAGUGGAUUAACCAUUCCGAAUGAAAAGUUAGCAUUUUGUAACAGUGGUAUAUUUUAAUCAAUUUGUUAUACCACUUAUUGAAUGUACUGUAGGAUAUUGAUACUAUUGUACAGUUUCGUAUAUUCUUCGCCAUAUUUUUUAUGUUAUCGAUUAUUACUUUACAGCUUAUAAAUGCCUCUUAAACAAAAGAGAAUUCGUUGGUAUAUGUGGUUCCCAAUUAUAGAGACUGUCAGAAUAUAACAGCUCUCAAGUAACCGUUUCACAAAUUACAUAUAAAAAUAAGUUUAGUUUUUUGUUAAGAAUGUUGAGGGUCAAUUUUAAAAUCAUUUGAGUAGGACUGAUUUCAAUUCAUGAGCAAAAUGAAUCGAUUUGUAGAACUGUAAUGAAACAAAAACGAACAUGUGAGGAAUAUACAUUCGAAGGAAUUUACAAAGAACAUAAAAUACACCUGAAGUAUUUUAUUUACAA